UUCCCCCUCUUUAUUUUCCAAAUGCGGGAAAUUCUCUACCUCAUGGUUGGCCAAUGCGGCAACCAAAUGGGCGCAAAGUUCUGGGAGGUGAUCGCGGACGAGCACGGAAUCGGACCAGACGGAUUCUACCGCGGCGACUCCGACCUCCAGAUCGAGCGCAUCCACGUGUACUUCACGGAGGCGGCUGCCGGUCGAAUGGUGCCACGCACCAUCCUCGCUGACCUUGAGCCCGGGACCCUAGACACCAUCCGAUCUGGUCCGUACGGGUGCCUCUUCAGGCCAGACAACUUCGCGUUCGGCAGUGCCGGGGCUGGCAACAAUUGGGCCAAAGGCCACUACACGGACGGCGCUGAACUAAUCGAAAACAUCAUGGACAUUGUCCACAAGGAAUGCGAGGCCUGCGACUGCCUCCAGGGCUUCCAGGUCGUGCACUCGAUGGGUGGUGGAACCGGCGCCGGAAUGGGGAGUCUGCUUGUGAGCAAAAUCCGCGAGAACUACCCCGAUCGCAUAAUGUGCACCUUCUCCUGCUACCCAUCGCCCAAGAUAUCCGGUGUGGUAGUUGAGCCAUACAACGCCAUACUUGCAGCACACCAGCUAAUCCAAUUGGCCGAGCAGACAUUUGUCAUUGAUAACGAGGCUCUGCAUGAUAUUUGCUCCCACACCCUAAAAAUCUGCGAUCCGACCUACGGCGACUUGAACCACUUGGUUAGCACCACCAUGUCGGGCAUCACGACGUCCUUGAGGUUUCCCGGUCAGCUGAAUUCUGAUCUGCGGAAACUCGGCUACAACCUGAUCCCCUUCCCUCGGAUGCAUUUCUUCGUGCCCGGAUUCGCACCACUGACCUCUCGCCUCUCCCAAUCCUAUCGCCAGUUGUCCGUCCGCGAUCUCACCUCGCAGGCCUUCGAUCGACGCAACCUCAUGGCCGCGUGCAAACCCCUCAUGGGCAAGUACCUCACCGUGGCAACCAUAUUUCGAGGUCGUCUGUCGAUUAGAGAGGUUACGCGCGAGAUGUUCGCGGUGCGCUGCAAGCACUCGCCCUAUUUCGUGGACUGGAUCCCGAAUAACGUCAAAACCGCGAUCUGCGACGUUCCACCGCGGGGCAUGAAGAUGGCCGUCACCUUUGUGGGCAACACUACGGCCAUUCAGGAGAUCUUCGACCGGCUGGGGGAGCAGUUCUUGCAUAUGCUGAAGCGAAAAGCCUUCCUCCACUGGUACAUCUCUGAGGGCAUGGAAGAGGCGGAGUUUACAGAAGCCAUUGAGGACGUGUCGAACGUCGUUGUCGAGCCCUACAACGCCACCCUAGCUGGGCAAUUUCUGACGGAGUUCGCAGACAUGACUUUUGUAAUCGAUAAUGAAGCACUCUAUGAUAUUUGCUACCGCAUUUUAAAGUUGCAAAAUCCGACAUACGGCGACUUAAACCACUUAGUUUCCUCCGCUAUGGCCGGGGUAACGGCGUGUCUGCGGUUCCCCGGCCAGCUGAACGCAGAUCUCCGAAAAUUGUGCACGAACCUUGUUCCGUCGCCUCGACUGCACUUCGUCAUCCCUGCCUACGCGCCGCUGUCGUCGCGAUUCGCCCAGACCUACCGAAGCUACAACGUCCACGACCUGACCAGUCAGAUUUUCGACAUCAACAACCUCAUGACGGCAUGUGACCCUCGCCACGGCAAGUACAUCACUGUCGCGAGCAUCUUCCGUGGACAUCUUUCCAUCAAGGAGUUGGAUGAGGCGAUGCUCAACAUCCAUAACAAGAACUCGACAUUCUUCGUCGACUGGAUACCCAACAACGUGAAGACGGCGGUCUGCGAUGUGCCGCCGCGCGGCUUGCGGAUGGCAGUCACGUUCAUCGGCAACAACACGGCCAUCCAGGAGGUCUUCCAGCGCAUCGGCGACCAGUUCAUGACGAUGCUGCGUCGCAAAGCCUUCCUCCACUGGUACACCAGUGAAGGCAUGGACGAAUCAGAAUUUAGCGAAGCCUAUGCUGCAAUGGCCGAUUUAAUUAGCGAAUACCAGCAAAUGGAAAAACUUUUCUUUUUUUUACCACCGUCUUUUGAGGUGUCAGAGGUGGUGGUUGAACCAUACAACGCGGUUCUUUCACAGAGCCUCCUAAUUGACUUGUCCGAUGAGUCGUUCACCCUCGACAACGAGGCUCUCUAUGAGAUUUGCUUCCGCACCCUGAAGAUCCAGAAUCCGACGCUAGGCGAUAUGAAUCACCUGGUGUCCGCGACGAUGUCCGGUGUAACGACGUGUCUCCGGUUUCCCGGCCAACUGAAUGCCGACCUGCGAAAGUUGGGCACCAAUUUGAUACCGUUCCCACGCCUCCACUUCUUUGUGCCCGGAUUCGCUCCACUGACCAAUCGAUACGCCCAGCCCUACAGGACCUACACCGUCCACGACCUGACACUGCAGAUGUUCGACGCGAAGAAUAUGAUGUCCGCGUGCGAUCCGCGCCACGGGAAGUACCUCACCGUGGCCGGGAUGUUCCGUGGACGUCUGUCGGUCAAGGAGGUCGAAGAGGAGAUGUCGAGCGUGCAAAGCAAGAACUCGGCAUACUUCGUGGAAUGGAUCCCCAACAACAUCAAGACGGCCAUCUGCGAUGUGCCACCUAGAGGCAUGACCAUGGCAGCCACAUUCAUCGGAAACAACACGGCAGUUCAGGAGACCUUCAAGCGCAUCACCGACCAGUUCACCAUCAUGUUCAAGAAGAAGGCCUUCGUCCACUGGUACACCGGCGAAGGCAUGGACGAGGGAGAAUUCGACGAGGCCUACUCAAACGUCACCGAUCUCAUUGGGGAGUAUCAACAGUUCGAAAGUGACUAG